CGGCAGGCUGCCAGAGUACCAGCACGCGCUCCGCCGCUUAUGCGGCUCGCUUUUCUCGGAACCAGAUCCUUCCCUCCGGAGCUUGGACCCUUCUUCCCCCUCGAGCAUCUCGGUGACCACACCGCACCCCUCCGGAUCCCGUCACCUCCCAUGCGCCUUAGAGGCAAAAUAAGCGUAACAUUCGGAUGAGGAAAAACCAAGAGAGAAAACAAUGGGGUGCGCGCAGUCACGGGUGGACAACGAGGAGGCGGUCUUCCGAUGCCGGGAGCGGAAGCAGUGGAUGAAGGAGGCGGUGACCGCACGCAACGCCUUCGCCGCCGCCCACUCCGCCUAUGCCGUCGCCCUCAAGAACACCGGCGCCGCCCUCAGCGAGUUCGGCCAGGGUGAAGUCGCCUCCGCCCCCGGCUCCUCCUCCGCCGCUGCAACCGAACUGCCCACCGCUGCCUCUACCGUCCCCGCCGUCCAGCCUCCCAUGGACACCCUCCUUCCCCCUCCCCCUCCGCUUCCGGACUUCUCCCCGUCCCCUCUCCAGCGCUCCAUCAGCAUGCCCGAUCUACCCCCCUCCACGAAGUUCCCCUCCAAGUCCCACCUGGACGCCUCCAUCCGCGAGGAGGAGGAGGAGGAGGAGUCGGCGGCGACGGCGGAGGACCGCGACGGUGGAGACCUGGACGACCACCGCCGCCAACGCCGCCCCACCGCCGCGAGCCCCUCACCCUCUCCCGCACCGCCGCCGCCGCCAAUGCCAGCGGAGUCGACCUGGGACUACUUCUUCGCCAUGGAUGAGAACAUGCGCGGACAGUCCCUGGGCCACCCCGAGGAGCUCCGGCCGGAAAGAGAGGAGGCCCUAGGGGAAAGCUUCAAAAGAUCUGCCCCACCUUCGCGGUCGCACGCCGUGGAUCACGAUGCGGUCGGUGCCGAUGAUGACCCUCCGGUGACGCCGGUGAAGGUGGUCUUGGAACCCCCAUUGCCACCGAAGAUGGGGACUAAAAAGCAAAAGCAGGGUGGCGCGGUGCACCAUCAGCAUGCCGCCUCGGCGCCGCCCAUAGAUGCUAAGAGGGGGGAAAUGGUGGCGGCUGCAGCCCCCAGCAUCGAUCUGCUGCAGGUCCUGACUGACGUUGAUGACCAUUUUCUCAAGGCGUCGGAGAGUACUCACGAAGUGUCGAAGAUGCUUGAGGCCACCCGCUUGCAUUAUCACUCUAAUUUCGCUGAUAAUAGAGGACACAUUGACCAUUCUGCAAGAGUCAUGCAAGUCAUCACAUGGAACAGGUCAUUCAAGGGCAUACCUCGUGCUGAUGGAAGGGAUGAUUUUGAUAAUGAUGAAUGGGAAACUAUUGCUACUGUGUUGGAUAAGAUGUUGGCAUGGGAGAAAAAACUAUAUGAUGAAGUGAAGGCAGGUGAGCUUAUGAAAAUUGAAUAUCAAAGGAAGGUUGCUUUGCUGAAUAGGCAAAAGAAACGUAGUGUCAGUGCUGAAGCACUAGAAAGAACUAAAGCAGCCGUAAGUCAUUUGCAUACAAGAUAUAUAGUUGAUAUGCAGUCAAUGGAUUCAACAGUAUCAGAAGUUGAAUGCCUGAGAGAUAAUCAGCUAUACCCAAAAUUAGUGGACCUUGUCGAUGGGAUGGCCAAAAUGUGGGAAGCCAUGUAUGUGCACCAUGACAAUCAGCUGAAGACUGUAUUAAACCUAAAAAUCCUUGACAUCUCAAAUGCUCCAAAGGAAACAAGUCAACAUCAUUAUAAGCGCACGAUGCAGCUGUUUGACGUUGUGAAAGGGUGGCAUUCUCAGUUUGAUAAACUUGUGAGCCAUCAGAAAGAUUACAUCCAAGCUCUUAGUAGUUGGCUGAAAUCAAACGUUAUCCCCAUUGAAAGUAGCUUGAAGGAGAAAGUGUCAUCUCCACCAAGGCCACAUCAACCCCCUAUCCAGGCCCUCCUGCAUGCAUGGCAUGACCAUCUUGAGAAACUUCCAGAUGAGCUGGCCAAGAGUGCUAUUCUUAGCUUUUCAGCAGUCAUUAACACAAUAAUGACACUUCAACAGGAGGAGUUGAAGCAGAAAGAGAAAUGCAACGAGACCCGUAAGGAAUAUCUGAAGAAGACACGGGCAUUUGAGGAUUGGUACAGCAAGUAUUCACAUAGAAGAGCAGCACUAUCUGAGGAGGCUGGGCAAGAGGGUGGUGAGGGAGCUGAUCAAAAAGACCCUGUUGUAGAAAGGAAGAUUGCGGUAGAGACUGUGAAGAGCCGGCUCGAUGAAGAGGAGGAAAACCACGAGAAAUUGUGCAAACAGGUGAGGGAGAAAUCAUUUGGAAGUCUUAAGACACAUUUGCCUGAGCUCUUCCGGGCUAUGUCCGACUUUGCUCAUGCUUGCUCUGAGAUGUAUAAGAUGUUGAAGUCGAUCUCUCAACCACAGAAUCCAGUUGCAAACUAGCUGAAAGAACUUGCGUGUAUACAGGUCUAAUGUGCACCUUAAUCUUUCCUUUUAGUUUUAAUUUAUUUAUUAUGUUGUUCUAGUUUUUCACGUGCACUUGAGCAAGGAGAGUUGGCUUUUAAAAUAUCUCUUCAAAUAUAAGAUAUUUACUUUCCAUACUUACCAAGUUCGUUGGGAAUAUGACAUCAAAUCAUCACUUUUUUCUCUCAGCUAUUUGCAUGACAGACCU